GUAGUUGCAACAUCGUAUGGAGAAGACUGUGUCCUUACUGCAGUGCACAUCGCACGGAUAGUCGCACGGAUUUUUUUUUUCCGCUUCGUGGCUUCGUUUGGAUCUAUCUAUCAUUCUCUGUCCUGUAUUGGAAUAUAUGGCUAUACUCGGCUCAUCUGAGAAGGAAAUGAUCUGUUUUCUAAUGCAAGAGUGCUAAAUGCUGACCUGAGCUCUGGUAUAUGAGGGACACAAUCUACAGAUGGAGUCAAGGGUUCCUCACCACAUUCCUGGAGUCUCCUCCUCCAUCAUGGUGCAGCCUUUGCUGGAUAGCCGCAUUCCCUACGGACGGCUCCAGCACCCAUUAACUAUAUACCCCAUUGACCAAAUGAAAUCUUUACAUUUGGAGAAUGAUUACAUCGACACCCCUGCUGUGAUCUCACAACAGCCACCAAGCCACAAGGCAAGCAAGAGGGGGCAGGAAGUCCUGCUGGGAGCCCCACACCAUCCUCAUCUGUCCCGCUGCGAGGUCCCGGAUGCCACCACACAUCCCUGGAUUUCAUUCAGUGGUCGGCCCAGCUCCAUCAGCAGCAGCAGCAGCACCUCCUCCGACCAACGGCUGCUGGACCAUGCAGCUCCCACCCCUGUUGUGGAUCCGUACACUAAUGGCAAUGGCCAUGGCAGGACCUUGGGUGUAGAGCAACCCAAGACGCUGAGCUCCAAGACUCAGAAUAUAAAGGCUGUGGCCGCGUUACCAAUAGAGAAGAAGCAUGUGCCAUUGUGCGAGAAGUGUGGCAAAUGCCGAUGCACGGAGUGCACAUUGCCCCGGGCCCUGCCCUCUUGUUGGGUUUGUAAUCAAGAGUGCCUGUGUUCAGCACAGAACCUAGUGGACUCUGUCACUUGCAUGUGUCUAGUCAAGGGCGUCUUCUACCACUGCACUGAUGACGAUGAGGAAGGUUCCUGCGCUGACAAGCCAUGCUCCUGCUCGCACUCGAACUGUUGUUCACGCUGGUCCUUCAUGGCAGCCGCUUCAUUAGUGCUGCCCUGCCUGAUGUGUUAUCUGCCUGCCACUGGUUGCGCCAAGCUUUCGCAGAAGUGCUACGAUAGCGUCAGCCGCCCAGGCUGCCGCUGCAAAAGCACCCAGUCUUGCAAGGUGGCAGAUGUCAAGGCCUGUCAGCUGGGAAAACAGGCCUCAUGAUGGCAUGCCAGAAAACGGAGAGUACAAAGAGACUCGUGAGCAAAGUUCCAAUAGUGGUGUACUUCCCAAAGUCAUGGUACUUAAAGUUCACGCACGAUCCUCACACUUAAGGUAUCCUGCCGUAGAUCAGUAGCAAACGUUUGACUGACCAACGGGCACAAAUCAUUAUUUUGUUUGUUCAUACAGUAUGACAGCAAAGGAGAGGCCGAACUGUCUUCUCGUGUGGUUCUUGUGAUGGCCGUGGGAUCAAAGUGUUUGCCAUUUCACCCUCUAGUAAAACAACUUGCUGACAUAUAAUGUUGCAUUUUAGCAAAAUGUCUGUUUGAAAGAUUCCAAUCUCCUCUCUGAUGUUUGUUUUCUCUUUGGGUGGCUUUGAAAAGUCAAAGUAAAUAUCACCCAUUCAAGAACACUCUAUACUUUGGCAAUCCCUCUCCGGAUCUGGCACCGCGGAAAGGUUGCAGCGAAUUCCAAGCUGAUAACACACAUGUCACAAUCAAAAUAACCAGACUUCAUCUCUGUGCACAGGACAUUUACAAGCUUGUUAUAAAGCUUUAUUUCUUCUGUUGUUUGAAGUGCAAACCACAGGAGGUCAUUUUGUUUCAUUGAAGGAUUCUAAGUUCCCUUGACGUCCCUAAUUGCAAUGUGUGCCGUUGCGAAAGACAUUGGUGACCACCCUUAACCACACGUGACAGGAUGUUUUCUAUCUUCUGUGGGGACAGAUUGUUUGUUUUUGAUGGCAAAUAGGUAAAAUAGCUUUCGUAAUUCCCUUUGAAAACAUGCCAUAGCAUACAUGAACUUCCAUAAUGAUUCUUCCAAAUGCUAGCAGUUCAAUUUGUUGUAGACAAUGACCUCAGGGAUCAUCAGUUCAUCUGAAUUACAUACAGCAUGUCAAUUCAGCUUGGAACUAGUUCGGUGAUUAAAGUUAAGGGAACAAGCAGUGGUCAAACACAGCAAUUCAGACACCAAGCAUUCAUAAGCUAUGAGGAGAAUUGGGCCAGUAGUUACGGGAAAAGGAAAAGCUAUAAAGUUAGCGUAUACUACUCUGCCGCUUCUAAACAAAACAUGCCAAUCGUAUCACCAUUAUAAUGAGGCAAAAGCACAGUAUUAUGUACAGUAGCAUGUACAAAGUGUUUCACUGUAGUUGGAAAAAUGCCUCUAGUUUACGAAGUGUCAAACAUGGACGUGCCCUAGUAUCGAACUGCUUUCUCCACAGAUAUAUUUUGUUAUAUGUAUAGUAUAGAGAUUUUGCCAAAGGAGUGCAUCAUGGAGUUUCCGUUGACCAUUUUUAUAACGGUUUUUUUUCAAGUGGGCAUGCAUCGUUGUACUCUAGCCAAUCAGUGCAAAAGUAAGCUCUUAAAGGUACGGUGCUCUACUUCCCAGGAUUCCUAGGGGUCCUGGAGCAGGAGGGGGAUAUUGUCUGCCUGCUCGACACAAACCCACGGUUCACACAUUUAAGACCUCGCUCCUUUAGUCCCACAUACUCCAACAUUUGUACUUGUUGCACAAAUCCGAAAAGCAGAAAUACACUACUGUUCUUAGUCUUGAAUGUAUAAGGCUAGGGUUUAAGUCUUUUUGCAAUCUAACCCCGUGGAUAGGUGCCAGAGUAGUUCUGAAUGGAGAAGCUUGCAUAGCUGCAUAGGGAAGAGUUGCAAAUGUACAAUAGAUAUCUUAGAUUACGACCUAUGCAGGUUACACGUUCUUGUAAAUAGUUUAGCUAUCUUAAGAUAUGUUUCAAAUGUCCUGAGAAAUUGCAUGGUACAGUUUAAGUACAAUUCAGUACAAAAGUAUAUAGAUGAAUUAUUCUAUUUUUGGGAGGGCUGGGGGUUGGGUGGGCGGGUUCAAAGAUUAUGUGGCUGUGGCAUAGAAGGUAGGGUGUUUAGGUAUUUCAAUCACAAGCACUUGAUUUAGAAAAGUGUGCCAGGCAAUAAAAAAAUACCUCUGUUAAUGCUAGCCAUGCCUCAUUAGCACGUGAGAGGCAAGGCUAAUUCCUGGUUCCUCAGUGCCCUUGAAACUGUAGAUUAAAUUGAAUUCACAGAAGGAAUGGUGUUUCAUUACACUCAAAGUAAUGCUUUUUCAUCCCAAUGUGGCCAAGCAUUUUGUCUUUUCUUUUUCUUGUUAAAACGGUGCAACAUCUUCAGUACUUGAUUGACUUAUCCAGCUGCUGUGCGUGAACUUGUCUGGGAGGAAUGAAUGGGGAUCCCUCUCAAGUAACAUUCUGUUAAAUCCUAUUCUGUGUUGCUUUUUUGCCACCGGCCGCUCUAUUUCUUUUUUAUAUUUCACAAUUCUCCGAGAAAGAUUCAGCUGUAAAAUGUAAACUGUUUGAUUGUUCCCCUAAUAAUCUGGCCUGCAGGGAAUUGAGCGAUCUUCCUUCUGUCGAGCUGUUGCUGAGAUGUUUUCAUCAGGACGCUGUGACUAAAUCUUUUCAUGCUACAGUUUCUUGGCCACUAGAAACCCGUUCUUUUUUAACCCACUUUAAGCUGCCUUCCAAACUGGGCUUGUACUCUCUGUGUUUCUUUGGCUUCAUUGUUCACGUUGAGGACUAAAGAAAAGAGCAAUGUGCUUUUGUUUUGUUUAAAAAAGCAAAAGGCAAAAAAAUAAAAUGAAAAAUAAAUAACCUCUCACACAUAUGAAAAUGUCCCUUUAUAGAUAUAUUUAUUUUGAAGUUCUAUUUUAUAUAGUAUUUAUUUAGAUGCCUACUUUUGUUUGUGAAUAAAAGCUUAUGUCAAAACGGAAUGUACAUCGAAAUUGGAAAAUAUAUAUUGUUAAAUAUAAAA